UAUGCUCACGCCUGCGACUCGCGGCUCAAAAGCUUCACUCGUGUAUGUUCCGCCGAUCCGAACGGACGUGUGCCGCGCACGCAGUGGCUCUUUCCGAGUUUUACCGUACAAGCUGCAGUUUACCGUUCCACGAUCGCCACUUUCGAACGAUUUCCACCGUAGGAGAAGAACAUCAGAAUCGAGAAAGUUGCAUCAAAGAUCACAGACUGUUUAAACAACAAACAUCGAUUAUCUGUUGCGGUUACAUACAGUUCUUUUUAAAGGGCUUUUUUGCGUACGUGCAUAAUAAAAGACGUGGUGUAAUUUUAAAGUUAACGUUUCGCCGUGAACCGUAACGAAAGAUUAGCCGGAAAUUGCACAUAAAAAAAACGUGAGGUGGCAAACAGUGUACAUGUAAGCUGAUGGUUGCUCUUCCCCUUUGCGAAAACAGUGUAAAAGAAAAGACCAAAACACGAUCGGUGCGUGUGCGAACAGUGUUUCAAAAAAAAAAAAAAUAGAGGUGAAAUUGAUCAUCCAUGCAGUGACGGGAAAGCUUUCGUUUUCGCAGCAUUUAAUCCCAUCCUGCAGCUAGUAGUGAAGUGGCACUGAGAGGGAAUUUUUAAACAGUGAAGUUAACUUAUACAAGGGGAAAAAAUAAGAAACAUAGUGUCGCGUGCUUAAGCAAACGAUUGAAGCAACAGUGAAAGUGUCCAUAGCCAGCGUCCCAGCAGGAGUUGGUAACAGUGAGUGUGCAAUGCAGAAGUAAAACGUGUGGAUGCACCCACCCAUUGUGCCCUUUUUACCCACAAAUGUGCUUCUACACUAGCAGCAAGCUGGUGUACCCCGAGGAGGCAACACCGUGCGCCCUUGUCCAAGCAAUAAAAGGGAGUGUGUUUACGUACUUCGAUAGUUGCGUUAGCAAAUGAAAGGAAAAUAGUGUUUUCCAAUCCCCAGGCAGAAAGGGGACAAUCCGUACAAUUCGCCCAGAGGCCAUGUACACCAAAUAGUGUUGAUUACACAAUCAAUAUUAAUUAAGCAAAUGAAUGCUGCACGGUGGAAGCCGUGGACCAAUCGCUACUAGAAGAUCUUACCCCCUAGGAAUCCCUCGAGCGGAAAUACAAUCAUUGGAAAGUGUGAUCCCGUGGGUGUUUUGUGUUUUUGGUGGAAAAAUAUUUACCCACACAUUAGGUACGGUGCAGGUUCGUCGAAACCGGGGUACCACGGUGUGCAAAACAAAAACAUAAAUCUUCAACCACCAUAUCCAUACACACUACUCCUCGGGAAGCAGCGUUGAAGUUUGUUCUUGGCACAAUCAAGCGGUCCCUUGUGGCAAAAAAAAACGCAAAAAAGGGUUAGCUAUUUUACACCGAGCCCCUGUUUGCUUACGAACCUGCAGGCAUCUUGGCAAGUGCAGCAUCUCCCGCAUCUCCCAACCGGUAAGGUGAAAGAAGCGCAGCUUAGAAGGAGAUUUGUACACAGACACACAAGCAGCCCAGUCCCACGGCAACGGCGAACGGCAAAUUGUAAACGGUCGGCAGGAAACCUGUUUCUUUACACUGGCAAACGCUCCUCCAAGACUCGAAUCCGGCUCGUCUAGCGUCUAUAGACUGUUACAGGUCGGCCUGACAGUUACAGGUCUAACGAGAACACGGUCAACUACCGCCCAUUUGCACAUUCCAUAACUUGGUGCAAACAAAAACAACUCCAUUUUGGGGCGCGUGCCUUCAUUCCCGGUGGUGGUUUUGCUGUGUGUUGGAAGAUCUCAUCAUAUCCAGCGAUCGUCAACUGUUGGCACGCGUGUUCAAAGUAUUCCCAACCAUCAGGAGGAGGAACCCGUCAUUACCGUUCCGUUCACACAUUUACGAAAAGUGUGACACCACGGUAUGACUUCUUCCAUAUUUCUCACCAUGGCAGGAUGGACUAGUGACAAGUUUCGUCUUUCCUGUAUCGACAACAAUGGCCUCAAGCGCACAUUGCUUAAAAUGCUAAUACUAGACAAUGGAACCAAGAAUUCGAACAUCGAAGCAGAACGUACAGCGACGGAGUAUCUGGUCGACCAGGGAGUGCCGACGGCCAAUGCCAACAAAUCGUUGCUCAGCUUUCUUGCAAUCAACGCGCUUGAGCUCAGUGCACCAGCGAGUCCCGUCCUGCUAGAAUGUAACGCCCCAACAGUUCCACCCGGAUGGCUACAACUUUCCGGCCAUCCCAAAAGUAUCGCCCCAAUGGCCAACGGUAUCGUGCGAAAGCGCAUUUCUGGCCCAAACGAUACGGAGCUACUUGCCUACCGGCAGCUAAUGAUGGACCCGCACGCAAUCAAGAUAGUUCCAAAGUUUCUCGGCGUACACCAAGUCAGUGGUGAACAUUUCAUCGAGCUACACAACAUGCUGCACGGUUUCGUCGAACCGAACGUGAUGGACAUCAAGAUGGGUUUCCGGACGUUCACGGAAAACGAAGUAAGCAACACUGCGCUGCGGGAAGAUCUGUACAAAAAGAUGAUCGCUGUCGAUCCGAACGCACCGACCGCAGAAGAACAUGGGCAAAAGGCAAUUACCAAGCUGCGGUACAUGCUGUUCCGUGAGAACAUGUCGUCUACGCAGGAGAAAGGUUUCCGCAUCGAAGCACUGAAGAUGCGCGGUUGUUCGCCGGUCACCGAUCUGAAGACGAUCAAGAACGAUCACCAGAUACGGACCACGGUCGGCCAUUUUGUGAACGGGCGGCGUAGUGUGGCGAAGGACAUUCUCAAGCGCCUGCGUCAGAUGCGUACGCUGAUCGAAAAGUCCGAAUUUUUCCAACACCACCAGGUGCUGGGUAGCAGUGUGUUCAUUGUGUACGACGAUCAUCAGGUCGGUGUGUGGUUGAUAGACUUUGCCAAAUCAUUACCACUGCCAGCGGGCACGAAAAUCACCCACAGGCGUCGAUGGCAGAUGGGUAACUGUGAGGAAGGUCUACUGCAUGGGUUCGAUGAGCUGAUCCGCACGAUGGAAGCCGUCCAGCAGAAUGUCCACUCGUUACGCAAUCAGUCGCGUGCAACAGACGUGUAAGGAAAGCAAAAGGGAGCGAGGCUUUACAACGUCGAACGUCGAAUUUCAUUCUCGUAUAAUUGCGAAGGCUGGUCCCUUCAACAGUGUCAGACGUGAAACUAGUCAAUAUGUUGUGUUAAAUCGUUUCGUUUGGAAGGAUCUCGGAAGCAGUAGAGGCAGAAAGGAUAGUAUCCUCCAAACGGUAUAGAAGAGUAAGCGACUUAACUAUGGGACGAUCAUUUAAAAAAAAAAGACUGAACCUUCGUCGCAAAAGAACUAAGAUACGGAGUCAACGAUCGCAAAACGUGUACCGUGGCGGUAGAGCAAUGUGAGCUACGUUCCAUCCGGUCCUUCACUGCCGUCACGUCAUGGUCCCGUGUCGGUGCCUGGUUACACCGUUUUGCGGUUGGUUGCCAGUAUCGUGUUCUUUGAAGAAUGUAACAAUGUUCCAUAUUGGAAAACAAGCAUGCUUAUAGUGUUAAAGAAGUAGGAGAAAAAUUAUUAAAAAGUAAAUAAAACAGCUAAUCGUAACAAUAAGAGAGGAAGCAGCUGUAGGAGUGGGCCGUACACAUAGAAAAGCACAUUUUACCCACAAUAUUACUAUUAUUAUUACUAUUGCUACUACUACUACUAUUACUACUAUUACUACUACUACUGCUCCUACCGUGAAAUCCUCCAGAAAAACUAAAAAUCGUAAUGUUCCGUUCCAUAUAUUCAACUCAUUAACGGCAACUUUACAGGCGUCUAGUUUCUAAUGCAAAAAGCUAUUAAAGCAUGUUAAUAUAUUCACUAGAAGCGGCUUAAUGCAUACGUUUGUUUAUUGUUUUAUUUGUUAAAUGUUUAAAUUAAUAAAAUAUAAAAGCAAAUUCUCAAUGUA